AAUAAAUAAAGUUGUUAAUACAAGUAUCGACAUUUCGUGUUUCUAAUUUAAAAAUUGACAUAUAGACGUCUCUAGUAAUUUAAUCAUUCCGAUCGAUUGCACGUGGUUGAAAAAGACUUUCAUCAAAAUAUCUGAUUAGAAGCAAUGGAAGUAAAAGGUAAAAAAAGAAAAGCUGGGAAAUUAGAAGUAAAUGGAAAACUACAUGAAAAUGGUAAACCUCCAGCCAAAAAGAACAAAACUCAAAAAGAGAAGAAAAUAAUUGAGCAUGAUGAUCAGUUACAAAAUGGAUCGACUAUGAGUCAAUCAAAUAAAAAGAUGAAGAAAAAAUUAAAACAGUCAGGUAUGAAUAAGAAGAAAGAAAAAGAUGUUGUUACUGUAAAGUCUGAAGUUAUUGAACAAAAUACAGCAGAUAUGGAAACUGAGGAAAAGUUACCAACAAAUAGAGCUGAAAGAAGAAGAGAAUCUGGGCAGUAUAAACCAGAGCAAAUUAACUUGAACGAAGAACAAUUGAAAGAAAGAAUUGAAAACAUCAGUAACAGACAAAAUUUGAGUAAAACAGCACGAAGAAAGCUAGCUGUUUUUAAAAAAAAAUUACAAAUUUUGCAAGGUACUUAUGUGAAACGUCCUCCACCUACUCCUUCUGGUCUCACUAAAACUGCAAAGCGAAAUUUAAGAAAAAAAGAACUUCAAAAGAGGGUGUUGAGUAUGUUGAAAAAUGAAGAUGAUGGAAAUGAUGUAACAGAAAAGGCAAUACGUGCGGCUAAAACUGUGAAAGGCUUGAAAGUUAAAUCUAAUGAAUCUGUUAGUGAUGAGAGGUUCGAUAAAAAAAAAGGAAAUGCUCAGAAUCCAAAAAAGAAAUUAAAAACUGAAAAAAUAAAAAUCGAGCCUGAAGAAAAUAUUGAAAUUGAAGAAAUUGUCAAGAAUGAAGAAAGUGACCAAGAUAAUGAAGAAGUCGACGAGAAAAAUGAAGAAAGUGGUCAAGAUGAUGAAGAAGUCGAUGAGAAUAAUGAAGAAAGUGACCAAGAUGAAGAAGAAAGUGAUGAGGACAAUGAAGAAAGUGACGCAAAUGAUAUAGAAAAUGACGAUGAGGACGAAGAAAAAGUUCCACAUAAAAGUCAAUUAAAAAAGAAAGCAGAAAAAAUAAAACAACCACCAAAAUCUUCUGAUACAAAAAAUGGUCAGAAAAAAACACGAUUUGUUUUGUUUGUCGGAAAUCUUCCUUAUACAACGACAACUGAUGAUAUUAAGAAACAUUUUCUUACUAAAGUGAGUGAUGUAACUAGUGUGAGAAUUCCAUUAGAUCAAAAAACUAAAAAGCCCCGAGGAAUAGCUUAUGUAGAAUUCAAUAAUCAUAUAGAUUACGAGAAAGGAUUAUCUUUACACCAUUCUCAAAUAAGUGGUCGAAGGAUCAACGUUUUGUAUAGUCAAAGUGGUUCUAAGACGGUUAGUAAUAGGCCAAAUGUAGUUGCGAAAAACAAAAAGCUUCAUGCACUUCGAAAACAAGGAAAACUUGCUGGAAGUGUAAAACAGAACCAAAAACGUAGUGUUAGAAGAAAUAAGCAAAAAAAUAAAGAUGCUUAAUGCAAUGUCUUCUCCAUAUGAAUUGAAUGUAAAUGUAAUUACAUUGUAUUAUUCAGAUUUUUUUUAUUAUAAUUUUUAAUAUUAUAACAAAUAAAAAAUGGAUGAAUAUGAGUAAUGCUCGUAUUCUGAAAUCCUGUGCUGUUAUAUGAAACU